AAUAUCUAAAUAGUUCAUCCCCACUAUCCUAUUUCUCUUGACAUGCAGCCUAUCCACAUCAGCAGGACUGCCACAUCAGCGUUUAUUUAGAGACUUACAAGCGGGACCCAGCACAGUAAAAAACAGACAUGUUGGCUUCAGUUACCGCUGUUAGGUCCCAGGACAGAGCCUCCGCACGGACUAAUCCAGCCCAACCCAUCUCCCCCGCUUUCCCCCCUGACUAAAUUCUGGCGGGCCACCCGCCCAGGACCUAGGAUGGUCUCACAAGCAGGAUCGGUGGGCCGGCCACCUCAGCAAACUAAAAUUCGCAACUAAUAUAUUUUAUUUCCGCUGAGGCGUUAUCGGCUCGAGGACACGCACGCUGGCUCCGUUCAUCUCCUCCAUUAUUUCCCCCUCUUCCUCUCCUAGCUCCACUCAUCUAAUGUAAACAAAUCCUCGCAUUGAUUCUUUCAGUGGUUCGGUUCGUCUCCCCUCAAUCAAUAAAAUCUCUGCCUCAACUAUAACAAGUCACCGACAAAGAUGACGGAACUGCCGUUCCAUAUCGCGCCGCCGCCAGCCAAACCUUCGCGGGCCAUCUCCACCGGAGAACGGCGUGAUGCUGACCCGGAGUCCAGUGAUUGACACCGUCGCACGGCCGAACUGUACCGGAGGACCAGCUGAGCUGCACCAGAUCACACCCCAGUAGAGAACUGCGCUGCAACAUCCGCUCCCUCGUGCGCAUCAUGCCACGGAUCCAGCGGCCGGGGACGCGAUGCUACGUCGGGGUGCUCGCCGAUCGGGCCGGCGGCUGCAUCGCGGAUGGAUCGGCUGACCUCGCCGGCGUCAAGGUGUGGGCACGGGCCCAAGACUCACGCCCCGGCAUCGAAUCUGGCACCCAACGAGGCACACUUCCCAACGCUGACAUCCUCCUCCAACAUCACUUCGGCCAGAGGAAGCUUUGUUCAUCUCCAGCCGUCCCCAUUGCAUCAAGUCCGAGCAUAUUCAAGUUCAUUUUCAGGUAUGUUGUUCCCUGGUACGUAGUACUAUUCCACUGAACGGCAUGGGAUCGAUCUAACACCCGAGUGAUACAAUAUUUUGAUUGAGAUUUGUGUUCUUCCCCUACUGCAAGGUUUUAUUCAUCUACUUGCAUAGAUGAAACAAAAUAUGAAGUGACUCUUAUGAACAUACUUGAAUUCUCUCUGGGACUGAAGAUAACUGUACAUGCUUGCCUUGAGUUACUUUGAUGUCCUAUUGAAGUGGAGAAUGCAGUUUCUUUUGGAUACGUCUCAUCCUGGAUGUGUUUGUUUAGCCAGCAUACUCCCUGGAUAUACUAAUGUGAUGACAAAUAAGGGUGCUGAUGUGUUUCUGCUUUGUAGGCAGGUGCUACGAUUUUUUAAUCUAUACUAGAAUCGGAACUGAUGUUCAGUGUUCAACCAUGCAUGUGUACUUACGAUAAAACAAUCUUCUCUAAAUUAAGCACAUGGACAUUAUCUGUUCAAACCUAAAGCUUCACUUGAUAAAUGUAAGCGUCUAAUUAAAUAGUGGCUUGCCAAUUAUUCAAUCAAAAUGUUGAAUUUAGAUCUUAGUAAUGAAUAGCCCUUUUCUUUAGUUUGAAUAUCAUUAUUUGAUUGUUCUGAUGUAAAUUACAACUUGAGCCUAAAUGUAUAUAUGUCCUUGCUGAGAGGAUCAAACGAAACCUGUUUUGAUUGUCCUUCUGUUUUAUUGUUCUAUGUUUGUUUGCAUCCUCUUAAACAUAAUGCAAUAAAAAUAGAGUUUGUGUGUUGUCA